CGGUCCCCGGGCGCUCGGGGCCUUCCGCCCCCCGAGGCGUGGGAAAGGGAAGGACCCAUGCCUCGGGCCCUGCGACCCCUUCGCAGCCAGACGAGACGGCGGCCGCCUGCUCGGGCGCCGGGCUGCAGGAAGGGAAGUCAGGUCCCCAGUGCUGGGAGCCAGAGGGGUGCACAUCGACCUACCCAAGACACUUGCCAGGGCUGCGGCUGUAAUUCGCAACGGGACUUCCCUGAUAUGUCAGGCGAUGCUGAUCUGUCCAUGAUGUUCCUUAAUCUAAAGUCACACUCGUCGGAAGAGCCUGUGGCCCUCACGACUACGAAGUGCGCUCUCUCAGCCUUACUCUUCUACAGAAAUGACUGGACGGUUCCUCAUAACCGCGUGCUUUUCCUUCAGAGGAGCCACCACCCCACAUCCCCAAAUUAAGGAAAAACAUAGUCGGUGCAUCCGGAUAAGGAGCUAACCAUAUAAUUAUGAGAAACUCACAGGUUUUAAGAACUGAGUUACAAAAUGGUGCAUUGAAGAGAGGAGGGAACUCAAGAUGGGGAGGGCGGGUAUUUUCAAACGUUUCUUUUUAAACCCAAGGCACUGUAAGGACAAGGGUAGAAAACUAGACGGCAAGGGGUUUGUCUCUGAAAUCGAGAAGGCAAAAAGGCGUCGUAGAUGCUGCACAAAGUAGAGAGAGCUAGAUAAAGAAGGGUUGUGGGGCGUCCUUGUAAAACCCCAGCAGGAACCCAACGUCUAAAACCUCUGGCCGGCAACGCGGACUUAAACUCGGAACGCAAUUUCGGCAAGCGCAGUUUUCCCGCCGGAGCUCGGGUCUGAGCAGUCUUCCUCCUGCGCAGGCGCGGUACCACUUACGGAGCAUGGAAGCGGCGGCUUUUCUGUGCUUAGCAGCGGCGGUCCUAGGAUGGGGCUUCCUCUGGGUUUGGGACUCUUGGGAACGCAUGAAGGGUCAGAAGCCGGCUGGCUUGCCGGGAGAUGGAAACAGGACCCUCCUGGUGAUCGCGCACCCCGACGAUGAAGCCAUGUUCUUUGCUCCCACUGUGCUAGGCUUGGCCCGCCUGAGGCACCGGCUGUCUUUGCUCUGCUUCUCUGCAGGAAAUUACUACAAUCAAGGGGAGAUUCGUAAGAAAGAACUUUUGCAGAGCUGUGAUGUUUUGGGGAUUCCACCCUCCAGUAUAAUGAUUAUUGACAACAGGGAUUUCCCAGAUGACCCAGGUGUGCGGUGGGACACAGAGCAUGUGGCUAGCACCCUCCUCCAGCACAUAGAAGUGAACAGCAUCAACCUGGUGGUGACUUUCGACGCAGGGGGAGUGAGUGGUCACAGCAACCACGUUGCUCUAUAUGCGGCCGUGAGGACCCUGCAUUCAGAAGGGAAGUUACCUAAAGGGUGUUCCGUGCUCACACUUCAGUCAGUGAAUGUGUUACGCAAGUAUAUCUCCCUCCUGGACCUGCCCUUUACUCUGCUUCAGACCUGGGAUGUCCUCUUCGUGCUCACCAGCAAAGAAGUGGCACAGGCCAAGAAAGCCAUGUCCUGCCACCGCAGCCAGCUGCUCUGGUUCCGCCGCCUCUACGUGCUCUUCUCCAGGUACAUGAGAAUCAACUCUCUGCACUUCCUCUGAAGCCUUGAAGAGCUUUCCGGUCCGCAGAAGAAAGGGAGAAGAACGAGCCCAGGAAGCCUGGCGACUGGCCGUGAGCUGGCUCGCCUCCCCGGGGCCGAGGCAGACAGAGCUCUGCUCAUCCAUGCCGUGAGCCUCUAACAUAUGUGGGGGGGGGGGGGGGGCGUGCUGGCCAACGGGUUGUCCAAGCUUGAGCUUCUUCGUCUGGGGGAAAAAAAAACCUACAGCAGCCCAAACCAAACAAACCCAAGGGUAAUAACAGCCACCCUGCUAGAUCCUCAAGUUCUCGUGAAAAACAGGUUAUGUAAGGGCACAAUGUAUGUCAAACACAUAGCACAGAGCCUGCUAGGAUUACAAAUGAAGGCAAAAGCGUGCUGACAUCAUCACUUCACAGAGGCCAUGAUAGAGUAUUUUUACAUCGUUUCCAAAGCAGGCUUGCCAAACACACACACACACACACACACACACACACACACACACACACAC